CACGUGCUGCCCGAGCGGGUCACGGCCGGCGGGCGAUCACUCUCUGAUCGGCGCCCAUCGGACACGUAAGGACGGUACGACUGCUCUGGCCCUCUGGUGGUCUGCACUUGGUUCCGUUUUAUCAAGGCCGUUUUACAAGCCUUUUUAUACUGUGGUUCUUUCAACAAAAUUUGCUCUUAUUAUGGCAUCAGUGAGCAAGAGGGCAACAUUACGUCAUCGGUGUGGGGACAGCCGGAUCAGGCAGCCGCAGAACGCUGCUGGUGACCUCAGCCGACCACUGGACGCUGGUGACCUCCAGAACCACAGACAACCCGCAGACAUGGUGUCCUACCGGGCGGCGCGGCGAGUCUUCAUUCUGACUGUCUGCGGGGCUGCCAUUGUGACAGCGGUGCUGGUGCUGGGCGGACACGUGCUGGUCGGCUCGACCGCCGUGCUGGCCGAGAGGUCACGGAAUGAGGCGCGCCGCGCUAGCCUGCGUCCGCCAACCCCUGCGCGGCCGCUGCCCAGCAGCAGCGAGCUCGACUGCCAGUCGGAUGCGCUCUCCCAUGAGGAGGUCCAGCAGUGCAGUACCCAGCUGCUCCAUCAGUACAAGGCGAAGCUGCGCGCACUCGAGAAGAAGCUCACGGCUAUCGAGCUGCGCGCCGGCUCCAAAUUCUACCCGAAGGUCAAGUUCAGGAGUCACGGUGACCGCAAACGCAUUCUGAUCACGGGCGGCGCUGGGUUCGUCGGCUCCCACCUCGCCGACCGGCUGAUGCUCGAAGGCCACGAGGUGACCGUGGUCGAUAACCUCUACACGGGCCGCAAGCGCAACGUCGAACAGUGGCUCGGCCACGAGAACUUUGAGCUCUUCAUCCACGACAUCAUCAACACGUUUUACGCGGAAGUGGAUCAGAUCUAUCAUCUGGCCAGUCCGGCCAGCCCACCGCACUACAUGGCCAACCCGGUGAAAACCAUCAAAACCAACACUAUGGGAACCAUCAACAUGCUCGGCCUGGCGAAGCGGGUGGGCGCGCGGAUCCUGAUCGCGAGCACCUCCGAGGUGUACGGCGACCCAGAGGUGCACCCGCAGCCCGAGUCCUACUGGGGACACGUCAACCCAAUCGGGCCUCGCGCCUGCUAUGACGAGGCCAAACGCGUGGCCGAGACGCUGGCCUUCGCCUACCAGAAGCAGUCGAACGUCAGCAUAGGAAUCGCGCGCAUCUUCAACACGUACGGACCGCGGAUGCAUAACAAUGACGGCCGCGUGGUCAGCAACUUCGUGCUGCAGGCGCUCCAGAACAAGACGCUCACGAUCUACGGCUCUGGGGAGCAGACGCGCUCGUUCCAGUACGUCUCUGACCUGGUGGAGGGGCUGGUCGCCCUGAUGGAGUCGGGCCACACGGGGCCCGUCAACCUCGGCAACCCUGUGGAGCACACCAUAGAAGAGUUCGCUCACAUUAUUCGUCAGACGGUGGGUGGCACCAGUGAGGUCGAGUACCUGGACGCUGUCGAGGACGACCCGCAGAAGCGCAAACCGGACAUCCGCCGCGCCAAGGAGCUGCUCAACUGGGAGCCCAAGGUGCCGCUGAGCGAAGGCAUUCCCAAGACGGUGGAGUUCUUUAAGAACGAGCUGAGCAGAAAGGGCCACAGUGAGCGGAACCGCUUUGAUCCUCUGGUGGACUGGUCCCACAUCACGGACGGCUUGUAGCCGCGCGUGCAGCGCUCGACCGAUGGUGGUGUCGCCUGGCGACUGGGGAGUGAAGUUGAACUGUGACGGUCAGCCGGCGGCGGCGCCACCUCACUCAUCAGAGGCUGCAUUUUUUUUUACUCUGUAACAAGUGCUUCCAAAAAUGAGUGAGGGUCGCUAGUAUUUUCUUAGUACACGACUGGGGCAAGUUAUAUUUUGCCCUUUUGUCAGAUUAUGUUUGCUAUUAUGCCUUAAUCAUGUACGGGCUUUCUUACCUUCUUACUCGUUUUUAUGCCGCGGUGAUUGUCAUUUUAUUCCGUUUUCAGGUUUUACGUACUUACAUUUAAGCGAUAUGCCUUUCCGUUUAAUGGCUGCAUGCAGCUGGCUGGGUUUUAUUACAUGAUCUUAAUUACCACUCGAUCAGCGCCCUACGCUGCUCUCCACUCCUGUUCACGCCUACUUAUUUAACCUCUCGCGAGCGCCUGCCUCUGAGAUAGGUCGGCGCGUCGCUGUGACCCAAAGGUCCGUGCUGUGUAUCCUCAGUGAAAUAGUUCGCCCGCGGCGCGGCCGCGUUCGGCGUCCGCUGGCCCCGCAGAUAUGGCGCCGCCGGUAUAAUCUGGAAGCCGUCGCACCGGCGCGGAUUAGUUUGUAGGCAAAUCGGCUAAAAUGUCGCCCAGAGGUGCGUAACGGUCAGUGUAUCUUCUUCGAUUGGGCUACUAUAAAGGCGUUUGUAGAUGCAUCGAACGUUGCCUGGGCUCGGCAGAAAAGUUAACGAUGCUAGGAUCCACGCCACAAGACUCACGAACUCUUGUUCGGAGGUUCGAUGGCCCGAGUUUGGGCGUAAUUCGGGUAUAAACGAGGUAAAGUAACCUUGCGUCGUUUGGCGGGAGUUCAGAGCCGUGUGACUUGGGGCCGCCGCCGCACAAUGUAGCUCUUGUGACGUAUUGCGCUGUGGAACGGGUGAAUCAUGGGCUGCGAUUUAGUUGCACUCGCCGGACAUAUCCACGAUGCACUUCGGUGAGUUAUAACAACAUCGUACCGUGAGGCUCCCUAUAUGGGAGAUGUGCUGCCUUGGCUUUCUGGUCCCCACGUCGUAUCUUUCAUUUAGUAGUGCAUUGUCUUAUCUACUCGUAGUAUUAUUACUGUCGUGCUUUACCAAUGAUUGCCGGAUACUCUGUGCUGGUGUAUGACGGGUGUGUGUAGGGCAUGGGUCCACCUGAUCGGAUCUUCAACAAGGCUGCGUUUCCGGUGUAUUCAUUGAGCUCUGUGAUGCCACUGUUCUGAGAUUACACAGUCUGUAUUUUUCUUCAAUACAGCGCUCUCGAGCUCACACCAAG